GCAUUCAUAAAUGAAUACGAAGCUGAACUUGAUCGUGGUGUAGCCUCAACUCUAUCAUGGCAAGAGAUCAAGGAUGGUUACAGAAAGGUCCGGAAGCUUGUUAUCACUCAAACUAGAGUCAUCUAUGUUGUGCCUGAGACCUUGAUGGCGAAUAGAGUCAUCAGGUCGUACGACCAUGAUGGAACUAGGAUAAUUCGAGUUGCGUUCAGAGAUGAUGACAAUCAAGCAAUGCGCUCGAAUAAAACUUCUAUAUCUUUGAUAAAGCGCACAUUGCAAAAAUAUAUGACGAAUGGACUCGUUGUCGCAAACCGUAAUUUUGGCUACUUGGGAAGUUCUAACUCUCAAAUGCGGGAUUCUGGAGCAUAUUUUAUGGAGAAGUAUUCUAGAAAACAGUAUGCAGAAUAUGUAGAAGAGUUUCAUAAAGAACCACCUCCAGACUUUCGCCCAAAAAUAGACGCUGCUAGAGAACAACUUGGCAGAUUUACUGUAAUGGAAAGUAUUCCAAAACUGAUGGCUCGACUAGGCCAGUGCUUCACACAAAGCAAGAAGACGACUAUUCCAAUCAAGCGAAGUCAAUACAAGAAAUCUUUUGAUAUUAUUGGCGGAAGUAACCAGAAAGGGUAA